AUGUGCGAUAAUGGUGAUCUCCAACAAGAACCCAAACGGAAAACUAGACAGGAUCAUUCUUUUGAGCUGUUGAAAAUCCAUAAUUAUUACGACAAAGCAAUUGCAUGGAAUGGUUUGGAAUUGAAUGAUAAGGAAUUUUUGUCCUCUUUCUGGUGCAUGUUACAUGAUUCUGAUGCUGAUCCAAUUUGUUUCACGGAGGAAAGGAGAGCCGAACAAAGCGGCGGAACUGAAAAGACCAGAACAGGUCGCAGCGCUAAAUGCAAAACGGAAGGUCUAAGUUCAUGCUUCUCACAACAUUACUUCAACUAUCAGAAAAUGUUGCACGGAUUUCCGCAAACCACGAAAAUUACAAACUCUUUUUGA